UAUGCUACUGCGCGUACAACAAUACUCGAUCAUUACAGAAUAAAGUAGGCGAACGGGGAGAUUCUCCGAGAGGGAUUUUUCAACUGUAUUCCCACUGACAGACAGUUCAUCUUCAUACUCAUGUACUGCAGCUACCACUAGCCAUAUCCGUUCCUUCCCUAGAGCUAUAUAUACCCACGGAUUGUAGCGAGCCUUCACUCCAAAUCCAGAGGCACCAAAGAAGAACAGCAGAGAAGAAAAAUUUGCUGCUUCUGCUCCUUCUCUUCUUCUGCUACUUCGUUCAUAAAGGCACUGAUCGCAAUGGAGAACAAACCGCCCUCCUCAUGCGUCAGCCCAGCACCCACAUCCACCAUGUCCGCCGGCGAGAGCAGCUGGGCGAUGCACAUCGCAAACUUCCUGGCAACACCACAGGACAGGGAGAUGGAUCAACAAGCAGCAGUCUCUGGCGGUAGCUUCUCCUCCGGCUUCUCUUCUUCCUUCGAUUCCUUCGACGAUGAUGUCUCCUUCAUCACGUCCGAGCUGAUGUGCGAUGACGACGAAGAGGAAGAUGAGUCUCUACAGGACACUGCCUGUUCCUCUGCAGCUGGCCAAAAGGUAGCUACCAUGGUAAAUUUUGAUAUCAAGGCAAUGUCAACCAUGGAUGCAAAAGAGUUCAGCAUGCCCCACCUGGCCAAGUACUUGGAAGCAGUGGGUUCGCAACAGCAGGUGAUGAAAGUAGAUCAACAACUGAUCAAUAGUUAUAGUAACAAUGAGAAGGCACUGUAUGAGAGCAAUGAGCUAAGGAAGAGAGGGCUUUGCUUGGCCCCUAUCUCCAUGUUGAUAAACUAUCUCGGAUGAUUACAGUUCAUGUACUACCAGUAUUCAAUGUAAUUGUAUACUCCAAUUAUAUUAUAGUUCAUACAUCGCGCUCUUCUGUCA